CUUUUAAUUGACGCUUCCUCCCCCCCCCCCCGCCGCUCCCGCCCCACUCAAACACCCCUCCUCUCCUCGGAGUUCUCUCCUUUUUCUCCGUGUCAUCGCCGGCCACCCAACGACGAUCUCAAACAUGGUAGAGAUCGAAGAAGCAUCCACCGGCUCCGAUGAUUUGUCCCCACUGUUAUCUAACCGGAAAACCGAUCCGAUUCCGUCAACCAGGACUAAGUCGGUUAAGGCCAAGGUCCCGGAGGUCAAGGUCCACCUGUAUAAGCAAGGCAAGGGUCCGAUCGACGAAUUCACAUCGUCCUUAGGUGGAUGGGAGCAAGACCAGCUGGAGGUUCGUGAUAUUCUAGACAAAUACGGGUUCAAAUCGGUGUAUGCAUUCAAACCGGAGACGGGACGGGGUGUUCCUAUCAGAUUCAAUCCCCGUAACGGACGAUCGAUUCUUACCUAUAGAGAUGGAACCGAGAUCUAUAUUGAUGGAGAACCUAAGGACUCCUUGAUCCAACCUAUUACCAGGAUAUUGGUUGGUGUUGCAGUGAUCACCAUAUUGAUAGUAUUGGUGAUGAAAGAGUCUCCAGAAUGGGCAAAAAAGUUGAACAUCACUGGUGGUAAUAUCCCACCAUUGGUCCUGGCUGCUGCGGUUAUCUUGUUCUCACGCGUGAGGAAGAGGACUAAGGAUUUCUUUGGAAAACGUCCCUGAUGAACUGAUUCUUAACCACAGGCGACUGAAUUUUCUCAAAAUUUUUGCAUGCUUUGUUUGUGCUUAAUACUAUAGUUUCUGGAUUCACAUGUUAUAUAUAAGUUAAUCUAAUCUUAUAAUCCAGUCGUGUA